UGUGAUUUAUUCUAUUUUUAUCUGUUACAAGAAAGUGCAGCAAGUCAAUUGCAAUUCGCUAAUUGUCGCACAUUCGUUAGGAGCAGUUACAUAACAGACAUAGGCAAAAAUGGCUCUACCCGAUGGACUUUCCAACAAAAUGAAGGUUUUCCAGGCCGUCAACGAGCUGCCCGUUUUCCUGAAGGGCGGACCAGCGGAUAAGAUUUUAUUCGGCGUUACUGCUGGACUGUGUGGCCUUGGCAUCGUUAGCUUCGUCCAUUUGGUCUACACAAUGGGAUUCGCCAAGAAGAAGGCCUAAACUAUGUGCCCGAAAACUUCCUCGAUUAAAGAGAAACUAUUGUAAUUAA